ACUCCGAUGGAGUUUUACCCAACGACAGUCUCUCUCGUUCCAUCAAAAGACAGUCUCUCUCGUUCCGUCCAAAGACAGUCUCUCUCGUUCCACCAAACGACAGUCUCUCUCGUUUCACCCAACGACAGUCUCUUUCAUUCCACCCAACAAGUCUCUCUCGUUCCAUCCAAAGACAGUCUAUCUCGUUCCACCCAACGACAGUCUCUCUCGUUUCCCUAA